AUGUCGUCUCUCUAUGAGAACUUGCGACAGCUGAUCACAGUAGUGGAUGAGCUGCGGGACGUGGGGCUGUCGCGGUACAUCUCGCUGCCCCGGAUCGCGGCCAUCGGCACGCAGAGCAGCGGGAAGAGCUCCCUCAUCGAGUCCAUCGUGGGGUUGGACUUCCUGCCGCGCGGCGGCGGAGUGGUCACCAGGCGUCCCUUGGAGCUGCGCCUGGUACACCUGAACACCCAGGAAUUCCAAGAAGAUCAGGCAUGGGCGGUCUUCGAGAACAUAGGUGACAAGAAGUACACGAACUUCGACGAUGUGCGGAAGGAGAUCGAGCGCCAGACGGACGCCGUCGCCGGCACGAACAAGGGCAUCGUCAACGACCCCAUUGUCCUCACGGUCUAUGCCACUGGCGCGCCAGACCUGACCCUCAUCGACCUGCCGGGUGUGACUCGGGUGCCAUUGAAGGGAAGCGACCAGGUGGAAGACAUCGAGAAGAUCACGAGGGACAUGACGCUGCACUACAUCAAGGACCCAAGGACGAUCAUCCUAGCGGUGAUCCCGGCGAACCAGGACAUGUCGGUGUCCGACGCCCUGCAGCUGGCGCGGCAGGUGGACCCUCAGGGCAUCAGGUCCAUCGGGGUGAUCACCAAGAUCGACAUCAUGGACCAGGGCACGGACGCGGUGAAGAUGUUGCGGGGGGAGGACAUCCCGUUGCGACUGGGCUAUGUGGGCGUGAAGAUGCGCAACCAGCAGGACAUCAGCACCAGCAAGCCUGUGAAGAUCUCCUUGAAGGAAGAGAGGGAGUGGUUUGAGAGCCACCGGCUCUACAGCAAGCUUCCUCCAGGCUUGGUGGGUAUGGACACCUUGACCGGCAAGCUCACCACGAUCCUCUUCAAGCACAUCCGCAGAUUCCUGCCAGAGAUCAAGAAGGAGAUCAAUGAGAAGCGCAGGCUCACCUUCCUUGGGCUCUUGCCCACUCGGGCGGGAGCUGAUUCCGCAAAGGUUUAA